AUGUCAUACAACCUACCGUGUCCGAGCCUCGUGGGACUCAUUCUAGUGGCAUCCACGCAUAACGGACCACACUUCUCCUUCUGUUAUCCACAAGAUUUGUUCUCUGACGAGUUCAAUCGCAGAAAAAGGGCUACCUCAGACCUCGACGAUGAAGAUUAUGUUCAAGACGAAACAGGAGAUACGCCCGAUGAGAGUCUUGACUUCAACCAUAUGAGCUCUUACUUGGGCACUAAGAAGGAUAUCAUCACCGUUUUGGACAACCAGGAGCGGCUCAAACGAGAACAAUGUGGUGAUGCUCAAUCGGCUUCAAGCAUCCACAAUGGACGAAGCUCUCUACGCCAGGUGACCUCCAAUUCGAGUAAAGCAUCGACACAUCCACCGGAGGAUACCGGUAAGAUAAUGGGUUUUGAUCGUGAGUACCUCAGUGAGAUGCUCUGUCCGCCUCGUCUGAUGUGCAACAGUCGUUUUGAGGUGAUGAUCGAGAACGUGGUGUUUUUGGGCUUGCCGAUUCAUAUUGGUGCUGACGGAUCGUGGCGCCCAGGAAGACUGGAACGAAAACGGGACAAGGGCGACGAUGAAGACGAAAACCUGUCAAAAAAUGCCAUGUCUAUGUUCCAUUUGGUCUUUGUGCUAGAACCACCUGAAAUCGAACGCAACUACAGAAUUGACGAGAUGUUUUAUUGCGUUACUUCGAAACUCUCCCUUGUGCUACGCUACGAGCAGCUGAAAAGGGACUACGUGUGGAGCCAGAUCCGUCUCAUUCUGAAACUAAAGGAGGAGUGGAGAACCCAGACCACGCUUCACGGUUCGCUGAUGCUGGAGUACUUGGUAUCAAAACUGUCUCUUUGCAAGCUUAUGGCCGAUUGUUAUGAUGCUAUCUCUAGCAGCAAGAUCGCUACACUUGUGGUGAACAACAAACGCAAGUCGUUCCAAAUACCAGUCAAACUGGAGUUCUCGUCAUUACCAGAGCCGACUGUGCCUUACAUACCUGGCUCACAUCUUUCUUCUACAGCCAAUAUGCUCUCAUCCACAGGGUUGGUGAAUUUGGGAGAAACAACACGAUACCAUACCAAAGGGCUCAUGAACUUACUCCUUGAUGGAAGCCUUGCUACUGGUAACUACGGCGCAGGCGAAGAAGUGAACUCACUGGACGACGAGGAUGCAAACGCAACAUCCUCUGAAGAUAUAAUCUACUUUGCCAUUCUUCUCCUCGACAGUCCCGAGGUGAUUAUCAGGGAUCUCAAAGCAGAACCGCAAAGUCAACUAGCUCGCUUUAUCAGGCUAGUUCGUCCGACCGAAUCCUUGAUCAAGCUCACAAACAAAAUCAAGGCACUAAAUGAGGGAAAGUCAAUAAGCAUCUCACAGGUCAAGUCGUUUGCAUUUCAGCUAAUAUACUGGCGAAAAGCCCGUGUGGUGACUCCGCUCAACUCAAGAGCCAUCUACAUUGUGUCCCCCAUGGCUCCAUUCGAAAGCAAUUUUAGAGAUGAUAUCAGGGCAUUCAAAGAGAACUUUGCGACCCUUCCAUCGUUACCUCAAUUCCUUAAACUCCUUUCAGCGAGAUCGAGGAAACCCAAGCAGUUUGCUACUAUCAUUCCUUCACGAGACCACAAAGAUCUUUAUCUUCUGGCGCUUGCGUGGCUUAUACGAUUUGGCUAUGUGACGCAAUUACAUACCUAUAUUUGGCUCAAGAUUCCCAGGAAAGUGAAAAUGAGAGUCGAAGAAGAGGAAGAAACAGAGAGAGGAAGAGACCCGAAGAAGAAGCGGGAACUGGAUAGUGCUCAGAAUCUGGCAGUGGUGGACAACAAGGUUGAGGUUGACAAUGUCGUCGACAACAAGGUGGAGUCCGCUGCAGAGGAAGCAUCCUCACCUUCAAAAGCUAAAGUGCUACCACAAAAAGGCUUUCCAGGGUCUUUGGAUAGCGAGAUAGAAAAGAUUGAGAGCAAGCUUGGUAUGGCAAAAAUUGCGUCCAAUGUGAUUCUUGAGGAAGAAGACGAUACCAUUUUGGUUGAUCCAGGACGGGCAUCCAGCAUUCAAAGAAGGUGGAUCAACAGAGUAAUUCACGAGGAGUGCAAACUUCCUCCCGACCUCACCGCCGUCUUCUACAAGCUUCUCAAGUACAUGAACGGUAAAAACUCUUUGGAGCUUCUUCUACUCAAGGAGAAUGUUUCCCGAGUUGAGCUCAGGAAACUUCUUCUAGCGAUUGAGGAUUUUAUCAUAUCCGUCAGACACUGGUAA